AUGCCUUCUUACAAGGAUAACCCACCGGACCAGGAGUAUCUAAAUUCGAUCAAGAAGCAUACCGACAAGGGAACCAACAAGGUCAAUCUUGCGCUCGUGGCCAAGGACUUCGACUAUGCUAGUGGAAAGUCGUUUCAGAAGAAGUAUGCAAAGCUGAAGAAAGUACACAAACUGACUAAUGGCCACAUCUAUGGCGAUGACAAGGCAAGCCAAGCCGACCUCUAUCUAUUUAAACAAGAUUGA